CUUGUGUCAUACUUGUCACUUGUCAAAAAAAGAGCUUUGUUGUUGAUGACUGGCGAUUAUUGUGAUCUGUGCUAAAAUAACUCAGUUAAAUACAGUAAAUUAAAAUUUGGCAAAAAUGGAGAACAUAGCCACCGACUCGGGGAAAAUCGUCAAGAUGGAAGUCGACUAUAGCUCGACGUGCGACGAGAAAAUCCCCGAGUGCCAAAAACUGGCGAAAUCCGGGAAACUCCAUGACGCUCUUGACCAACUCCUGGCCCUAGAAAAGCAAACGCGGACGGGGGCUGACAUGGUCUCCACCGGGCGCGUCCUAGUGGCGAUAGUGCAGAUUUGCAGAGAAGCUAAAAACUGGGCGGCUCUCAACGAACACAUCGUGCUUCUAACUAAACGAAGAUCUCAGCUGAAGCAAGCCGUGGCUAAAAUGGUGCAGGAGUGUUGCACCUACGUGGAUCAAACCCCUGAUAAAGACACCAUGAUUAAACUAAUCGACACUUUGAGACAAGUCACCGAAGGGAAAAUCUACGUGGAAGUAGAAAGAGCCCGGUUGACACACAAACUAGCCAAAAUUCGUGAGGAAGAAGGAGACAUGUCAGAGGCGGCGAAUAUCAUUCAAGAGCUUCAAGUGGAGACGUACGGUUCCAUGGAAAAGCGCGAAAAAGUUGAACUAAUUUUGGAACAAAUGAGGUUAUGUUUGGCGAAACAGGACUACAUACGAACGCAAAUCAUCUCGAAGAAGAUUAACACGAAAUUUUUCGAUGAUGAAGGCACUCAAGACUUGAAAUUGAAGUAUUACAGGCUUAUGAUGGAGCUGGAUCAGCACGAGGGAUCGUAUUUGGCCACUUGUAAACACUACAGGGCGGUUUUAAAUACACCCAGUAUACAAUCAGAGCCUUUGGAACGACAAGCAGCCGCACGCGCUGUAGUUCUCUAUCUAGUUUUAGCCCCCCACGAUAACGAACAGUCAGACUUAACCCACAGGGUGUUGCAAGACAAAGUUUUGGAAGAAAUCCCCAUGUACAAACAACUCUUGAAGUUGUUUACUACGUCUGAAUUAAUGAAAUGGUCUGGGCUUUGCGAAAUUUACGAAAAAGAAUUAAAGUCGACGCCGGUUUUUAGCGGAAAUGAACAAGCUAAGAAGCGCUGGAACGACCUAAAGAAUCGCGUCGUCGAACACAACAUUCGCGUUAUGGCUAAGUACUACACGAGAAUCAAAAUCCAGAGGAUGGCGGAGCUCCUGGAUUUGUCCGCUGGCGAGACCGAGGAGUUUUUGUCCCAAAUGGUGGUCAGCAAAAGCGUGCAGGCGAAAACAGACCGACCGUCCGGAGUAGUUCAUUUUCAACAAAGCAAAGAUCCGAGCGAUGUUCUCAACGAUUGGGCGCACGAUUUGUCGUCGUUGAUGCAACUAGUUAAUAAAACUACUCACUUGAUUAAUAAGGAGGAGUGCGUGCACAAGCACCUCCAAGCUAGUGCUUAAUAUAGCAAUAAGUUUUGUAAUUGUGCUUGGUUAAUAUAGUCUAUGAAAUUGA